AUGUCUUCGAUGCCUGGAGACAUGUGUAUAUCUCAAGUUGCCGAUAAUGCAUGUCAAAUGGUCAAACAAAAUAUGUCAUCUUCUGAAGAAAAAUCUGAAUAUACUUCCAACGUAUCAUAUGCAUCCGCUAUGACAACAAUGUCAACUGCUACAACGACAUCCUCGAAAUCCAAGUAUUUAAUGCACUCUCAACAAAUUCAGGCAAGCCAGAGUAGUCAUGUCUUUCAAUCAUCAUCAGCAAAAACCUCAGCAGAAAGCCAAAGCUUGACCAUGUAUCAGUCACAAACAAGUCCUCCAGUUCAAAAAUCUUUUGAAAAUCCUGUCGAUAAAAUCGAUCAAUUUAAAGAAAAGACCGAAGCCCAAACUACAGUCAGUUCUUCAGAAUUCAUGGUCACCAAAGAAUCAGAAUCAAUUACUACGUUUGCAACUACAGAAAAUGAACAAAAUACUAACUCAAAUCUUAUUGUGACGAAAGCUAAUAAUGAGAAAGUAAACGAUAAACCAGUUUCUGAAGAAAAAAAUCUUGGCGCAGUUACUUCUUCUGAUACUUCGAAUAAAAUGUCCGAAACAUUAGUUGCCGAUAUUUCUGCAAAAGGAAAUCAAUCGAAUGAAGAUCAACAAUUACAGGAAAAAGAGAUUCCUGAGAAAUCCUUGAAAAAUACUCUCAAUGAGAAUGCUUUAGCUUCCCACGAAAGGACUGUAUCAAAAGAAUCUGCUACUGUUUGCAAAAAUAUUAAGAAGGAAUCAGUUGGAGAAAAAGUUGUACAGUUUAAUACAAAUGUAAAAGAAAUAACCCCAGCAAUCAACAGUGGACCAGAAAUGCCAUUAGUUGAAGCGUUAACCAUAGUGCCUGACAGGCCUUAUUCACCAUUGACUACUAAUUUAUCGAAUCCAGCUCAAUCUAUUUCUGAACCUAUUCCUGUUCCUAAUGAACCUGAAAUACCAACAAAUAUAAAUAAUAGUGUUGAAAAACGGGAAGUGCAAUUACCAUCAGCACCGUCUCCAGUGUUUACACAACAAACAAAACGCGGUAUAACUCCCAUCCCACCGAUUAAACCAUAUAAUCCUCCUGAAAGUAAAGACACUCCUAUACCGAUGCCUCCCGAGACUAAACCGUAUAUACCCCCAGAUUUUAAGAUAAAUAUUGAACCAAGGAUGCCAAGAGAAGAAACAUCUUCUCCUUUAAUAGACGCAUUAACAACCGCACCAAAUAGACCAUUUACACCUAUUCAAACACAGAAUAUAGAACGAGGUUCCCUUAGAGAAGCUUUAACUAUUGCUCCAGAGCGCCCUUACAGUCCAUUACCCUUAAAUACAGGAACGCAAUCCAACUAUAGUCACUACACCUCCACUUCUGCAGUACAAGUACAAUCUACUUCUACGGAAAUCAUUAGACCAAUUGCAACCCAAACUACAACACAGCAUACUAAUGAUUUUCAUUCUGAAUUUUCAUCUAUGCAAAACACUCACCAAUUACAAUCGUUAUCAAAUAUGUCUGCAUUUAAACCAGUAGCAAAACAAGUAUUUCCACCACCACAACCUGAACAGUCCUGUAAACUUGCUACUUUUCCUCCUAUUAGCGAUGAAUUAAAAACUAGUUUUGAAAAAUCAACACGAACCAAACAAGAUAUGUUAUUAACAGAGUCGAAAGUGGCUCAACAAUCAGUGGUAACAACAAGCAGCAUCAGUACAGCUUCACAAGGCUAUUCGUCGGUAAAAAGUGCCCAGCAAUUUUUCGAAACACUAGAUCAAAGAGAAUCUUUUUCCUCAACAGCUGUUAGAUCUAAAUCUGGAUUGCAAAAACCCGAUAAAAUACCACCAUACCAGAAACACUUCGAACAGUUGCCAUCACAAAGAGGUAUUACGCCAGAAAUAUGCAAUGCUCCAGCAGUUUUUCAACGACCAGUAACUCCGACUACAGAACCCCCGAGGAAAUCAAGAGAAAAAUCACAAGAACCUAAGUCCUUUACGUCAAGUGUUUCAUUAGAAACGACUACUUCGAAACCAUCAGUGAAAACACCAGUACAACCGCUUCAUACACAAUUCCAAAGAACUACUCCUAUUUCUAUGACUUUCCAACCUGUGACAGAUGAAAACUUUUAUAGGGCUUCUCCUGCCCGUAGUAGUCGUCCGACUACGCCUAGUUUAAUAAAUAAACCUGCACCAAUAAUACCACAUUACCAAAUGAAUCUAGUAACUGUAGAACAUACGGCACCCGAAUGUCAUUUAUAUGAUCCUUCUAGUAGGGAAGGUAGUCGUUCGCCAACACCAAGAUUAAGAUCCAAGUCUCCGGCUCAAGGUCCACCACCAAAUCCUUUAAAAGCCCAAGCACCUCGGCUUAAAGAAAGUACUCCGCAACGUCAAUCAGGCCAUACACUUCUUACUCAAGCUACUUCAAACUUAAGAAAAGAACAUGAAAUGUCUCAGAAAGAUAUGAGAAUCAAUAGCGGGGAAAUAUUGAAUACUGUCAGUAGUUGGGCGCAGAAUCAACCUAUGAUCGAGGAGCAGAGACAUUCUAAUAUUGGCUAUAAAAGUGAAAGUUACAAGAAACAAGACAUGAACAUCAAAGAAGACUCGAUGAUAAAUCAGAAUUAUGGCCAGAGAAAAAUGCAAUCACAAAAUGUAACAGAAUACGGCAACACAACUGUGCAAACGACUAGAAAAACUAUCGAAGAAUUUGAACGGACUCAAUCUGCGAAGACCAUAGAAAUCCGAACAGGUGGCUCGUCCUCAUCAGCGGGAUAUACCCAAAUUGAUUCCAAUGUUAGACCAACCAGUAUAAACCCUAAGCAAGUAUUUCCACCCCCUAUCAUGAGUAUGCCCGCAACCCAGCAAGUUUCAUCUCUUAACCUGACUAAUGAAAGUUUGGUCAAUGCUAGUAGAACAAUAGAAAGUUGUCAACCAAAUCCUUCGAUUUCUGGUGCUAACCAAGGUCCAGAGUGUGAUCCUACCCCCUCGACAGGUUCCAGUGUAGGAGCUGCCGCUCGUGGCAAAACUUUUGGUGUUUCUUCGGCACCCAAACGUGGACGAGGGGUAUUGAACAAAGCUGCGUUGCCCGGCUCUAGGGUGCCUCUUUGCGCUUCCUGCAAUGGCAACAUUAGGGGACCAUUUAUCACGGCUUUGGGUCGCAUUUGGUGCCCAGAGCAUUUUAUCUGCGUGAAUGCUUCCUGCAGACGUCCUCUCCAGGACAUUGGCUUCGUUGAAGAGAACGGACAACUGUACUGCGAAUACUGUUUCGAACAGUACAUUGCACCAGCAUGUGACAAGUGUCACGCUAAGAUAAAAGGCGACUGUUUGAAUGCAAUAGGAAAGCAUUUCCAUCCGGAAUGCUUCAACUGCGUUUACUGUGGAAAGUUGUUCGGUAACAAUCCAUUCUUCCUAGAAGAUGGUUUGCCAUACUGUGAAGCAGACUGGAAUGAGCUGUUCACGACGAAAUGUUACGCUUGCGGCUUCCCCGUGGAGGCGGGCGACAGGUGGGUCGAGGCGCUCAACAAUAACUACCACAGUCAGUGCUUCAACUGCACGGUGUGCAAAAAGAACCUCGAAGGACAGAGUUUCUUCGCCAAGGGAGGUCGGCCUUUCUCUCCUGAAACGCCUUCACCACAACGGACGAGGAAGUUGGAAACGCCCCUCCACUUCGAUGGAGGGCUGUUUUCCGACAUAAGAAGUAAAGAUGGAAAGUUACUCAGCAAAGUCACCGUUGAUCGACUACACAGUUCAACGCGCCAUGAUAUCACAGAUUCUCCUAGUGUCUUUGAGAGUAUCGGAUCACACGGUAACAGAGAUUACGUUAACGAUGUCGUUAAAACUGAAACGAUUACCAACGAAGAUGUAAUAAAGGUUAAAUUCACACCCGUUCCACCUGAAAUAGACUCUCCUCGAUUACUCACUCCGUCACAAUUUCACGUAAGCAAAACCAAGACUCCAGUGGAGUACUUAAAAGAUGAUUAUGAAGAUUUACAGAGCUAUAAGAUUGUAAGUUCUUUGUGUAAGGAGAAACAGUUCGAAACCGAUAUAACAAAGAUCAAGGAGAAAAGUUUUGAUCAUAUGGUUGCUUCUGAGCCACUGAAACGGUCUCACAGCCCGCUGGCUAACUUCUUAGUUCCUAAACAAAUGACGAAAAUUGAUACUUAUUUACAAGAAAGUUUAGAUGCAUGUUUACCAAGUGAAGAUAGAAAACUGAUCACUCCCAUACAUGUUAAGUUAGAAGGAGACACCACUUUGGAAAGUAAAGAAACAUUAAAACGUGAAACCAAGGAGGAAACAUACACUAUGGAAUCUUUUGGUAGUUAUCAAGUUGAAAGAAAAGUAAAUACUUAUCAGACUGUGUCAGAAGUAACGCAUAAUCCAGAUAUCUCUGCAAAGCCCACUGACGAAAUAGUUUCAAAGAACAUUAUCAAAAUAAACAGUGUCAAGGAAAAUCAAGGAGUCCUGAGAGCUAUAUAUAAUAUGCCAAUACAUUAUCAUGCAGCAAUCCUGUGUUUUAUAUUAAUUGUAUAUAAUCUUAUAUUUCAGUAUAUUAAAAAGAACUGUCAUGGUCAAAAGUAA